UUCAUUGCAAGUGUGCAAUAUCACGAAAUGGGGCUACGUCGAUCGGUGGAUGCCGAAAAUUUCCCAUUCAAAUCGGUUCUUAAUCAGUUUUUGGGUGCCAUUGCCGUUAAUAUCAUCACAAUCAGCCAUGGUGCAGCCAUCGGAUGGGUGUCACCGUUUUUGCCCUAUCUUCAGUCUAGCGAAACACAUCUGACAUCUGGUGCGGUGAGCAUCGAACAAGCAUCCUGGAUAGGAUCCCUUCUGUGCAUCGGUGGAUUAAUUGGUGCACCGUCGUUCGGACUGCUGGCUGAUCGGUUUGGUAAAAAAGUGGGUCUGCAGCUGAUUGUACUCCCGCAUGUGGCUUUCUGGCUAUGCAUUCUGUUCGGACAGAACGUUUACUUCAUCUACCUCGGUCGGAUACUAGCCGGCAGCGGUGGAGGCGGAAUUUUCCGUGCCAUCCCUCUCUACAUCGCAGACAUUGCUCACUGCAAACUACGUGGGAUGUUGGGCUCGAUUCUGGUCAUUUCACUCAACAUCGGAAUUCUGUUGGGAUUUGUGCUGGGACACUUUCUGUCGUUCUUCACCGUGCCGGUCGUGAUGCUUGCGGGUCCGGGACUUUUUAUCGUCUGUACCUGUUUCCUACCGGAAACGCCCUACUGUUUGCUGAAACAGAAUCGAAACGAAAACGCCGAACGAUCCUUGAUGUUCUAUCGGGGAAUUAGGGGACACUUUCAGAAGACUACUGACUUUACGAAAGAAUUUGAGCAGCUGAAAAAAGUGGUGCAAAACGAAAGAGCAUCAACCGACCAACACAGGCUUACGUGGAAAGAUAUCUUUAACAUCAUCUCGUUAGCGCAAGGCACGGCCAUCGGAUGGCUAUCGCCGUUUCUUCCGCUGCUAGUUUCCGCUGAUGCUCCCCUGCAUACUGGUCCCGUAACGGAUGUUCAAGCUACGUGGAUAGCUUCGCUGCUCUGCGUAGGUGCCAUCUUCGGAACCGUUCUUUUCGGAUGGUCAGCGGACAAAUUUGGCCGGAAAUUUUCCCUCUGCAUUGCAGCCAUUCCGUUGAUCGGAUUUUGGGCAUGCAUCGCCUUCGGAGGUUACGUGGAAAUACUGUAUCUUGGACGACUGCUGGCAGGUUUGGGCGCUGCAGGAGUUUUCCUCCUUGUGCCUCUCUACGUUACCGAAAUAGCUGAAGACAGCAUAAGAGGCUCUCUUGGAUCUUUCUUCAUCCUGUUCAUCAAUCUGGGCACGUUUGUGUCAUUUGUUGUUGGAAGCUAUCUAUCCUACCAUAUUACUUCAUACAUCCUCAUCGUAUUGCCGAUCGUAUUCUUGCUUUGUUUCAUCAAUUUCCCGGAGACUCCACAGCAUUUGAUUCGCUGCAACAAAAUCGAGGCUGCUGAAUGUUCCCUGAAGUAUCUCCGCGGGUACACAACCUCUCCGGAGCACGUGGAAAUGCUGAAGAGUGAAAUGAUCACCAUGAUCAAUCAGGUUUACCCGAAUGGAAAGGACGACAGCGAGGAGUUGUCGAUUCAGUUGGCAGAUUUCGCUCCAUUUGCCACCAAGAAAGCCCUUCUAAUCGGAAUGGUGCUGGUUACGUUGAAUCAGUUCUCCGGAUGCUUUGCUCUUAUCAAUUACACGGCCAACAUCUUUGCCGAAGCCGGAUCAGACCUAGAUCCCAACAUGGCGGCGAUCAUUGUUGGAGGAAUUCAGAUAAUUGGCUCAUACGUCUCCACGCUGGUGGUAGAUCGAUUCCAGCGAAAGGUGCUUUACAUCGCUACUGCAUUCGGUUCAGCAAUCGGCUUAUUUGCCAUGGGAGUUCACGCCUACCUGAAGGUGUCCGGAUACGACGUCAGUGCAAUUAACUGGAUUCCGGUGGCCAGUUUGUCGUUUGUGAUAUUCAUUGCUGCUUGCGGUAUUCUCCCGUUGACCUUUGUGAUUCUGUCAGAGAUCUUACCGCAGAAGCUUCGAAGCUUUGGGGGAUCCCUGUGUACCACGUUCCUAUGGGUGGUGAGCUUCAUUGUGAUAAAAUACUUCCCGGUGAUGGUGGAAGUGCUAGGGAUGCAUGGCUGCAUGUGGACCUUUGCCGGAUGUUGCCUGUUUGGAGUGUUCUUCAAUGCACUGUUCAUACCGGAAACGCGUGGCAAGAGCAUCGAGGAAAUUACGCUUGCCAUGGAGGGUAGGAGCAAGAACUGAUAGACGGUGCGGCAUUGAGGAAUAAAUGUAUUUGUAUAUAUGUACGUGCUUUUGAUUGAGUGCCAUUGUACGGUUGUAAAACUACAAUAGUCCGUGAUGAUUUAGUCUGCUAGAGUAAUUAUGUAGAGAGUGAUGAGUGAUUGAUGGUUUAUUUAAGCGAUUGAAACAUAAUGUUUCGUAGUUGAUUGAUUUUCUCUCAUUAGCUUUACUUAGAAUAUGGUAUAUUUUUUUCUAAUUUAUCUCAACGAGUUGUGAUUGAUGUGAUUAAGCUAGUUCACUUUCUAGA